UCUUUAAUUCCUUAACGCCUAAAGCAACUAGGAUUCUCGAUUCUCAUAGCAAACCUUCCCUGAUCGAGGCCUUAUUAGACGCUUUCCCUGCUGAGCUGACGAAAACAAAAGAUUAAUGUGGGGAUUUAAGGCGGUCUACAUAUGAUCGUGGCAUGAUCAAAAAGAGAACCGUGCCAAUUAGUGACGUUCCCUGGAUGUAAUUAAUUGUGGUCCUUCUCGAAGGGCUUAUGCAAGACCCAACUUCAUGUGCGAAACAGAGGAUCCCGAACAACAUCUUUUAUCAGAUGCUAGGGUCUUCUUCCAAGGUAAGCUUUUUCUAAGCUCGGAAAUACAAAGAGCGAUUGGCGCAAUUACUGACGUCUACGGCGAUACGGACUGACGGAGGACCUUGUUGGCUCGGGCAAUUGAGAACCCGGCUGGUCAUUCGAUUUCGGUGCUAGAUAAGAGGUCGACCCUUAAUAUCCUCGAUAUUGAUGCUAUUAUUAACUUUGACUUCCUUUUUUCCGUGAACAUAGUGUAUGUCGUUGCUCUAUUCCGUACAAUGCCUUGUAUAUAUAGACAUUCUGCCACCGGAUCGAAUUACCAAGACAUAUCGCACAUUGACCUCAAUUCUUAAUGAGUAGUCAGUGAGGGAGAUCGAAGACGACGAGAAGCAAUGGAGGUGGUCUCACCCUUAAUGCGCGUUCCGGCAGAGGUGCGGCUCAUGAUACUUGAAUACCUAUUCGACGAUGGCGGACAUAAGCAAUUGCAAAUUCGGAACGCAGGACCUGAAAAGCUACCCAAGACAGAAGACAGACGGCGAAGGAGGUAUUACACCUUAGAACGGUCGUUCCAACGCCGCUGUUAUGAGACCACCUACCGGCUUGAAACUGAAGGCGUUAACUUCUGUGUAUCUGCCAUGAGAAUCAACAAGACGAUAUACGAAGAAACAUCAUACUUGGUCUAUGGCAGACAUACAUUCGACUUUGGGCACGCAAUCGAAGCGGUCGAGCCCUUCCUCUCGGAUCUAACACCCCAGAGCCGCGGGCUUAUCCGAGAAAUAUCCUUGUACAAGCGGGGCCCCGUGCCACCCUACGACAACGACCGGGACGAGUGGCAAAGCGUAUGCCGGUUCCUGGAAAAUAACGGGUCCGUCAGAAAGCUGCGGUUGGUGGUACAGGGUGGCCGUCCCAAUGCGACAUGGGAAGGGCCGAAAGAAUUCAGCGCGGCAGACUUGAAGCUUCUCUUCGACCUCAAGCACGAGAGCUUGGACUGGGUCGGGGAGCUCGCCCGCGUCAAGGGCAUCGAGGAGUUAGAGAUCCUACCGGACGUCCAGUACUGCCCACCACCAUCAUCUAGCAAUAUGAUCAUCUUCGCAGCCCUUUCUGCCUCUAUCGAGAGGGGUCUUACAGAGUUCCUUAGAACACAGCUACGCUUGCCUCUAUGAUGUACACUUUACAUGUGCGAGUUCGUGUUAUCAUGUAUGGGCCCUGGGAUAGGAAAAGUUGGUUAUUAGAAAUGGGAUGCGUGGGUUGGUUGGUUGGUAGAAAAUAAUUCUAGUUUAUUAUGUAAUGAAAUGAUAACAGGUACCUACAUACCUUCAGAACUCUUAAUACAAGACAACUAUUACCUACAAGUGGCUAGGAUGUUCAAUGUUAUUUGGU